AUGUUGGGAGGUGCCGCUGGAGGCGAUCUGGGUGCUCUACCGCUGGAACAGUGGUUCUUUGAGAUGCCCGUCUGCACACGAUGGUGGACAACUGCAACGGUAGUGACGGGCCUACUCGUGCAAUGCCAUAUCCUGACGCCCUUUCAACUCUUCUAUUCCUUUCGCGCCGUCUUUGUGAGGAGUCAGUAUUGGCGCCUCUUCACCACCUUCAUCUACUUUGGCCCACUCUCCCUAAACCUCCUCUUCCACAUCUUCUUCAUCCAACGCUACGCUCGCAUGCUCGAAGAAUCCGCAGUCUCUCAAGCACAUUUUACCUGGAUGCUUGCAUACGCCGCCACAACUCUACUCUGUCUAGCCCCCGUGGUGUCUGUAGUGUUCCUGGGCUCCAUUCUCAGUAGCACUUUAGUCUAUAUCUGGAGCCGCAGACAUCCUGAUGUGCAGUUGAGUUUUUUGGGAUUGUUUAUUUUCAGAGCGCCGUUUUUGCCUUGGGUCAUGAUUGCGUUGUCUGUGGUCAUGCAUGGGCAGUGGCCGAAGGAUGAGUUGUGUGGGGUUGCUGUUGGGCAUGUGUGGUAUUUCUUCAACGACAUUUAUCCGGCCAAUCAUAAUGGCUCGAGACCUUUGGAUCCGCCAAUGUGGUGGCAGAGGUUGAUAAGGGGGAAUGCUGUUGUGGAUGCAGAGAUGAGGCAACGACGUGCUGAUACUGCUGCUGCUGCUGCUGCUGAUGCUGCUGUUGCUGCCCCCGUGCAAAUUCAAUGA